UGCUCACGUUCGCCAGGUGGCGCGACAGUACGAAAAAAGGGGUGUGCGAAGGGGUGGUGAUAGACUAUGAGAAGACCAGCUCCAGUCCUCCAAACCUCACAUUCCCUCCUGCAUCCACUUCGAUCACAGCAGCAUCCGUCCGCAUCACCUUAAUCACAAAUAUGAGAUCAUUAGCUUUGUUAGUCCUUGUCAGUUUGUUGUCGGCUGUUUUGUCAGCCCCCCGACAAAGAAGGGAAGCAGAACCCGUAAUUACCCCCGAAGUUGAAAAAGAGAUCAAAGAGGAGAGCAUACCCCAAGUGUCGGAGCAACCUCAGAUUGUCCCUGAGAAAGUUGAGGAGAAAAAACCAAUUGAAGAAGUAGCAGUCCCAGCUGUGAGUGAAGAACCAUCUGUUCGAGAGGAUGGAGAUCAAGAAAAACCCGUGGAGAAACCAGAAGAAUCACAAGAGAAGCCAAAAGAUUCUCAAGAAGAUGAAAAGAAACCCGAAGUCAUCAGUGAGCCAUUGACUGAAGAUGAUAAAGCAGCUGCUCCUGCUGAACCAAAAGAAGAAGAACUAAAAGCCGUAGAAGAAUCUAAGUCAGAAGAAAAACCAGUAGAAGAGAAAACAGCAGAACCUCAGGUAGAAGAAGUUAAAACAACAGAACAACCUGAACCAGUAAAGAAGGCUGCUUUAGAAUCUUCAACCCCAGCUCAGAUUGAAAUCGGUGACCAUGUUGUAGCACGAAGUGAUGAUGACGUUAAAGUUGAAGAAGUAAAAUCAGAAGAGAAAAUAGAAAAAUCUGAAGAGAAAAAAGAAGAACCAGCACCAGUUUCAUCAGAAGAAUCCGUGUCCGAAAAAGCAGUUCCAUCUACCACAGCCGCUUCCAAAGAACCAGAAGCCUCCUCACCCACAUCUGAAGUCCCAAAGUCAGAAGAAGUUUCAACAGUGGUAGAAGUGUCGAAGUCAGUGGAGUAAUCAGUUCAACAAUUGCAUACCAUAGGCCAGUUCUCGAACCCGGAAUGUUGAAAAGGGGAGGAAAGUCUCCUAGCAACGGACAAUUAUUUAUGUAAAUCCCUUACCUCUUUCGACACUGUCGGAUUCGAGAUGGACAGUUUUUACCAGUCUCCUAAACUAUGUCUGAUCGUUAAAUUUAUAAAAAAGAAAAGAUAAAAAAUAUAUAUCGCGAGACGGGAGAAGACUGGGAGCAGCGGAAAGCCGAGCUGGAUCUGUGGCCGCCCGAUUCUCUCGUUCUUGUUGCCUGGGCGCGAUAAGGUGUCGGCUAUACGCCUGGGAAAUUGUUUCCUCAGAUAAUUAGAGGACAUUAUGUUUUAUUGUUGUACACUCAAUGUAUUAGAAGAAAAUAAUAAAAUUUUCACUUUAAUUUAUGAAA